AUGGCCGAAGUCAAGACUUCAGCACCCUCUCCUUCUCUGGAUUGGACAGUAGCCCUACAAGCCAAUGGGAACACCGCUCACCUACGGGCCCUUCAAGCGGUCGUGGCCGAGGGCACACAAGCCCACUGGUCCUUGGACUUCGAGGCCGUCCUUGUUGAUGAUGCCACUACCGCGGCAGCUUCCACCACGAAGCUGAUCCACCUGGACCCGAAAGAGCUGGAAGAUGCCCACUCCACACUGCUCACCACCAACCUCUUCGACGCCCUCGCUCUCGGGAAGAACGGCAACCGCUCGACAGCCCUGAGGCUGCUCUUCCCAGCCCAGUCGGGCACCCCAGCGCGGUCCGAUGUCCUGGAAUACCGCUUGCGCGGCUGUCCCGUCGUCCACACCGCCCGCAGCUUCCUCCAGCCCCUCGCCCCGGUAACCGCCACCACCCCAUCCUCCACCAACGCGAUCACCACCCCCCAAGCCCUCUCUCACCUCCUCUCCACCGCCAUGGGCGCCAUCAUUGCGCAAUCCCGCGUCCUCAACACCACCACCCUCCUCACCACCCUCACCCACCAACUCACCUACCGCCUCUCCCUCCCCUACGUCCUCCCCACCACCACCCCCCAACCCCCCGUCAAAAAACGCAUCUUCUGGAUCCAAGGCCGCGCCAACAUCACCGCCUCGCACCAAUUCUACUCUGCCGCCUGUGCCCUCGGGCCUCACCCUCGUCGUCGCCGACGCCCCCGGCCACUGGAUGCAGCCGGACCACGGGCCCCACGCCCACUUCCGCGAGGCCUUUGUGCCGCUGGGACAUUGCAGGCGACGCGGGGCUGGCGGAUCGUAUUGUUACGGCCGUGCGCGCGUACCCCCACAAGGUGGACUGUGAGAUAUGUUAGUGCGCGUGCACGUGAAGGUGAAGAGGUGUUUGUGUUGGGGGAGGCGGGGGAGUUGGAAAAAGUGCUGGCGGAGAGGGAGGGUGGGUUGGUGUUUCCGUUGAUUGUGAAGCCUUGUACGGGGUGGAAUAGUGAUUGUGUGGUGAAGGUGAGGGAUGUGGAGGCGUUGAGGGCGGCGGUGAAGAGGGCGUCGGCCAGGCAUGCGGAUUCGCCCGCGAAGAAUACGGGCGUGGUCGUCGAGCCGUAUGUGGAUGGGCCUGAGGUGGAUGCUAACUUUGUGGUGCUGGACGGUGAGGUCCUGUUCUGCGAUGUGACGGACGACUUUCCGUGCUCGGGGGAUUUGGUCGAGGGCAAGGCUGCCAACUUCAUGGAGACCUUGAUGGACGUCCCCUCGGCGCUGCCUCAGAACGAGCAGGCCAUGAUGGUCGAGUCUCUCCGGCAGAGCAUCAAGCGGUGCGGGUUUUCCUCGGGAAUCUUCCACUGCGAGGCUCGCGUCCGCAACUCCAACGCGUACUACACGCCGCGGGAGGACAACGGCAUCCUGGACCUGCACGUCCGGAGCGAAAGCGCGACCAAGACCCCAUCGUGCUACCUGCACGAGGUCAACGCACGCCCCCCGGGGUACAUCAACUGCGUCGCCGCGCUGCUCGCCUACGGGGUCGACUACUACGCCAUCCGGCUGCUCCUCGCGCUGGGACCGAGCGAGAAGGACCGCAUCAAGGCCUUGGCGCAGCCUUUCCUCGGCGGCAAGCCCCAGUACACGCUCGGCAUCGCGGUGCUUCCCCCAACGCGGGAGGGAAUCAUGGGCUCCGAGGACGCGGUUGGGGAAUUCCUCGAGGCGAACCCGGACCUACAGGAGCACGUGGUGUUCCAUCAGACGGUCAAGGAGCGGGGCGAGGUGGUCCAGGGCCCCGAUUCGAGCGAGUUGUGGUGUGUGGGUUAUGUCAUUGUUGCGUCUCCUCACGGCCGGAAGGCGUGCUUGGAGCUUGCCCAGAGCGUUCGGGAGAGAUUCGAUUACAAACUGUUGGAUGAGUGA